AUGGGUCAGUCUCGGUGUGCAGACAUGUCCACAGCCAGCUGUCUGCUGUCUGAGGACCACUUCCGGUGCUUCAUCUGUCAGAAUGUCUUCACGGAUCCGGUCAGCACACCGUGCGGACACAACUUCUGCAAGAGCUGCGUGACAGAAGACGUCUGUGUCGAUGUCCCGUUUCAGUGUCCCGUGUGUCUAAGGAUGUUCUACCCUAAACCAGAGCUGCAGGUCAACGCUGUGAUUGCUGAGCUGCUCGACGUGUUCAGACGCUCCGCUCAGCGCCAGAACCCAGAGGCACAAGCUGCUGAACCACGUAGAGGUUAUUUCUUCACUAAUACCAGAGGGAUUGUAAUAAUUGCCAUGGCUCUGCUGUUCGUUUUAUCUGCCCAAAUCAAAGAAAACCCUCAUUUGGCCGAGGAAACAAAGGGAAAGAAGCCAGAAAAGCCAGAGGUAAACAUCCGGGACAUGAUUGAGGAAAUCAAACACUGUUCACAGCUUGGCACAGAAGAUGUUUGGACCUUUAGUUCGGCUAAGAGAUGCCUGAAUCUGACCUGGGAUCAGAUGAAGCUGCUCUCUGCUGCUCACCUGGAGCAGAUCUUCACCCAGGUGAUGAGGAAGGAAACUCCCAGGCUGCUGAUGCGAGCCGAGCUGCUGAGAGCCCAGCGCUAUGUGGCGGAUGUGACUCUGGAUCCGGACACUGUGCAUGCCAAGCUCUUCCUGUCGGAUGACAGGAAACAAGUGAGAUGUUGCGUUCCGAAGAAGAGUCUCCCGCACGACCCAAAGAGGUUUAUCCAUUUCAAAUAUGUUUUAGGAGAGCAGAGUUUCUCAUCAGGCAGGUUUUACUUUGAGGUCCAGGUGAAAGGAAAGACUAACUGGACCUUAGGGGUGGCCGAAGAGUCCAUCAGAAGGUUUGGACUCAUGAGGCUCCGCCCCCAGUCUGGCUACUGGACCUUAACUGUGAGGAAUGGGAAUGAGUUCUGUGGUCAGUCCGAGCCUCCGGUCUGUUUUUCUCCUCAGCCUGUUCCUGAGAAGGUGGGGGUGUUUGUGGAUUAUGAGGAGGGUCUGGUCCUCUUUUACGAUGUAGAUGCUGCUGCUCUGAUCUACUCUUUCACUGGUUGCUUCUUCACGGAGAGACUCCACCCGUUCUUUGGUCCAGGUCACAACAACGAUGGCACCAAUGACGCCCCGCUGAUUAUCACACCUGUGCGCCUCCAGAACUGACCCAUCAAAAACACGAUGUCCCCACUUUCAAUAGUUCCUUUUUCGUUGUUCUUUAAAUGCAUUUUGUCUCUGAUGAUCUGCUUUAAGCACUUCACUCUGAGCGAUUUCCACCCACCAGUUCUGAUAAAAUACAACUUUACCUGUUACUGAAAUCAAUCCCUUUUUUCUGAGAUCGGGCCCAGGAGGCAACAGGUACCCCAGACCAGACCCCCCUCUCCCCAAUGACAUCCUGCAGCUCAUUCUGGGGAAUCUCAGGGUGUUUCUCGGUGGGAUAUAUAGUCUCUCCAGGGAGUUCUGGCUCUUUCCUGGGGUGGGAUGACCCAGAACUUGCUUCCUCCUAGUGGAACGUGCCCAGAAAACCUGCAACGUGAGGCGUCUAAGUGGUCGCUGCAGUAGUUACUGAAAUGUAUUAUGUAUAUGUAAUAUGAUUAUCUAAUAAAUGCUGAACAGAAACAGUAAUUAACAGCAUGCAAAACUCUUUUUUCAUGAGAUAACUGAGACAUUUUAAUUGAAUAAAAAAGUGGA